CGGUGAUUGCCGCAAACUCAACGCGACCGUCAACGAGCAAACAACAUAAGCGCGCGCGCGGUCCAAGGACACGUAUACAUCCCGGCUGCCUGGCUGGCAUAUCCUGGCUCCGGUCUCCAACACUGCUCCUCCUCCUCCUUGACCAACCUCCAGCGCAAUGGCAAUGCUUAAUGAGGCCAGCUUGAGUCCUGCGGACGCACAUGCUCAUUCCAACGCCACCACGCCCACGCACAGCAAGGCGGCUGCGAUGGCCAGUGCGACCACAAUGCUGACCACAAAAACGCCGUUCUCCAUCGAGCACAUAUUGUUUCAAAACUUAAACAGUGCCAGCAAUAAUAACAAUAGUAGUGACAGCAACAGCAUCGGCGCCAACAGCAACAACUACGCUCAAAAAAGCAACAGAAGUGCGGCGAAAAGUGCCAGAAGCGGCUUUGCCCACGACAAUAAUCCGCACAAACAUCCGUCGCAACAUUCGCAUCCGCCGGCGUCCGCAUCCGCAUCUGCAUCCGCGACGGCUACUGCCCGUAGCAACCAGGCUGCGUCGGGUUAUGCUGGCGAGGAUUACGCCAAGUCCUUGCACAACACUCAACGGUCUAACACCCAUUUACGUCAUGGGGUUUCCCACUACAGCGGAGAUCAUAUUUCCCAGCAACUGGGACCCGGAGCGGGACCACAUCCGCCAGUGCCAACAACUCAGCCUCAGCCUCAGCCUCCGCCUCCGUCAACCCUGAAUGGGGGAAGUGGCGCAUCCAAUGGAGUGCUGUAUCCGAAUGCACCGUACACCGAUCACGGAUUUCUCCAAAUGACCCUCGGAUACCUCUCUCCGUCGUCGGGCACUUACAAGUCCGUGGAUCCCUAUUUUCUAUCACAAGCCAGCCUGUUCGGGGGAGCCCCCUUCUUCGGAGCGCCUGGCUGUGUGCCGGAAUUGGCCCUCGGUCUGGGAAUGGGAGUGAAUGCCCUGCGCCACUGCCGCCGGAGGAAGGCCCGCACGGUGUUCAGUGAUCCGCAGCUGUCCGGCCUGGAAAAGCGGUUCGAGGGUCAGCGAUACCUCUCCACGCCGGAGCGCGUGGAGCUGGCCACCGCCUUGGGACUCAGCGAGACGCAGGUGAAGACCUGGUUCCAGAACCGCCGCAUGAAGCACAAAAAGCAGCUGCGCCGGCGCGACAAUGCCAAUGAGCCCGUCGACUUCUCACGCAGUGAACCGGGAAAGCAGCCGGGCGAAGGCACCUCCUCCUCCGGGGACUCCAAGCACGGCAAACUGAAUCCCGGAUCCGUCGGCGAAACGACCUCUCAGCCCACAAGCGAACAGCAGCUGCAGAUGUGCCUGAUGCAGCAGGGAUACUCCACGGAUGACUACUCCGAUCUGGAGGCGGACAGUGGCGACGAGGACAACUCCAGCGACGUGGACAUCGUCGGCGAUGCGAAACUCUACCAGUUAACAUAGAUAGUUCGAUCGGGAGGAGGACUUGGAUCCUAAAUUAGUAAAGUUUUCGGUGUUUCAGUUGGGGAAAUACAACUAAGAGGGAUUUGCUAGUUUAUUACAAUACUUUCGAUGCAUUCCUCUUAAAAAGUUUCAGUUUGAAAUGUUCCAUUAUGUUCUAUCAGAAGAGAACAAAACAAGCACAGCAGGUAAACAAAAACACAUAUCUUAUCAGCGCGAGCAUGGUUCACCAUUUUAAUAUAUGUAGCAUUACGAAUUGGGAAGAACUAUAGUUCGUUUAUAACUUUGGAAAUUUUUCCAUGAGUAUCACAUUGUCACCUUUAAAUUAAUUGAUUGCAUUUAACAGAUACCAUCCAGCUAAUCAAGCCUUUUUAAAAUUGCUAUUAAACUAGUCCAAAAGUAACCAGAACACUUUUUCACUUUAUAGAAGCAACCAUUUUUUGCUACAUCUAUAGUUGUAUUUCCCCACACAUAUUUGAAUUGAAACGAAAAACAGUGUAAAUACCAACGAGUUCUUGAACGAGUAUUCUAGUCAUGUAUUAAGUCUUAAACUAAUCAAAUUUAGUGAUUGUAUUCGAGAACUUCCAUUUUAAGAUAUAUUAGUUCCCUGCGACUUCUUAUCCAGAAUAUAGUGCUUACAAUAAACUGAACAGAGCGCAUUA